GUUUACGACAUAUGGGCUGGCUCUUGUCAAAUAGCCUUUCCAGUCGCGAAGAAAUUAGAUUAGACAGAUAUUUUGAGAGUACACACACACAAAUAUGACGUAGAUAAUUAACGGUGUGCUUUUAAAAUUAAAGUGUCUCACAACUUAUGAUCUGAAAAAAAAUGGAAGUUAAAGCAAAGAGCGAACAUUUGUUAGCGUUAAAAGUAAUGAGAUUAACGCGACCGACUCUGGCAUCUCCCAUAGUUGUUACAUGUGAUUCAACAGAUUUGCCAGGUAAUACAUUGAACAAUGAGCUCAAAAAUGAUUGUACAACAUUGCAAGGUAUGGAAGCACUUGCUGUAGGACAAUUUAUGGUAUUGCCUCAGAGUUUUGGCAACAUAUAUCUAGGAGAAAUAUUUUCCAGUUAUCUGUGUGUACAUAAUGGCAGCAAUCAAACUGUAGAAAAUGUUUCUGUGAAAGCAGAUUUGCAAACGAGCACACAGAUAAUUUCUCUGUCAGGCGCAAAUCUUGAAGGAAAAGAAUUAGCACCUGACAAUACGGUAGAUGAAGUUAUUCAUCACGAAGUUAAGGAAAUAGGUACACAUAUAUUAGUUUGCGAGGUGUCCUAUAACUGCGCGGGACAAGUUGGACCUCCACUUUCGUUUAGAAAAUAUUUCAAAUUUCAAGUAGUUAAACCGCUUGAUGUGAAGACGAAAUUUUUUAAUGCCGAGUCAGAUGAGGUAUAUCUCGAGGCACAAAUUCAGAAUCUAACAGCCGGCCCAAUUUGUUUGGAAAAAGUUGCUCUCGAAUCGUCUCAUUUAUUCAGUGAUGCAACACAUUUCUCAGUGAGCACAUUGAACACAAAUGACGAGGGAGAAUCUAUUUACGGAAGUGUGAAUCUGUUGGAUACAAAUUGUAGUAGACAAUAUCUGUACUGUUUGAAACCACAAUCAAGCUUAUUGAAAGAUCCGAAAAUGAUGCAGAAUGCGACAAACAUUGGUAAGCUGGAUAUCGUGUGGAGGAGCAACUUGGGAGAAAGAGGAAGGUUGCAAACAAGUCAAUUGCAAAGAAUGGCACCCGAAUACGGAGAUUUGAGAGUGAUCAUGAAAGACAUACCAGUAAAAGCUUACCUUGAAGAACCAGUGAAUUGUACAUGUCACAUAAUAAAUACAUCAGAAAGAAGUAUGGAAUUAUUAUUGAGUUUAGAGUCGAAUAAUAUAAUAGCGUGGUGCGGAAUGUCCGACACAACACUCGGCACUCUGAAACCUGGAGCUUCGAUGGACAUAUCUCUUUGUUUUAUUACGUUGGAUACGGGUAUCAUUACUAUAUCCGGUCUGAAACUAACAGAUACGUUUUUAAAAAGAGUAUACGAUCACGACGAUCUAGCGCAAAUUUUUGUCAACCGAAUGGAUUGAGAGAUAUAUAUUUGC